AAGGCUGUGGUGUAGAAGGAAUGCACAUAAAUUUGGAACAUCCCAUUUUUUUAAUGACAUCACUGUCAUAUGACACCCAGUAGAAGAUGACAAGUUUUGUUAUAAAAUUUGGAUACUUAUACAACUUUUUCAUAAUGUGUGCAGUAUCACAAACGUGUCAUUAAAAGGCAUUUUAUGAGUGUAGGAGUCAGGAGCUAAAGUUGUACACAGGGACAACGUGCACAUCGACAUGAAGAGUGCAAUGCAAGAUCAAGUUGUCCAUGUGCAUUUGGCAAAGAACUUUUUAGUACUGCUUUUGUGUUUGCAUGUGGUUCUGCUUCAGGCCAAGGGCUGUCUGAUAACACACUGCAAAGAUCAUACAUUCAGUACCCAUGAAGAAUGCCUUUUCGGAAUCCUUCAGUUCCAUGUUUCCAAUAACUCAGGCUGUAAGCCAGUGGCAGAUUGUAAAUCCAGUACUUGUGAAGACUGCCUUGCCAAAAUCCUUCAGAAUGCUGCAUUAAAUAACUCAUACUGUGAACUAGGGUCAGGUACAUCAAACUGCCUGAAAUGCAUUAGUAAAAUCAUUAAAUCAAAUGGAAUAAAAGAACAUUGCUGCAAGACAGAAAUGUACAGUACUGCAACUCACAUCUGUUGUGGGGAAAAAAUAAUCGAAAAAAGCACACAGGUCUGCUGUCCUGACCUGUCAGUCCACUGGACAUCCAAUGGAAAGAGUUGUUGCUGUAAAGAUGAACAGAAUAAUUGCAUCACCUAUGACUCUAAAUAUUUUGACUGUAUAUCUGGAGAUAUUACCCUGAAGAUACCUGCUAUCAUACAGCAUCAUAAAUGGCUACUCGAUGAAAUUGUGCGACUACUCAGUGAAGUUGUUGUUCUACUAAAAAGGAGGAAAUAAUCACUAGUACAGGCAUGCAAGAAAUGAAAGGAAAAUGAAAAAGGCAAAAGAAAAUUAUAAGAUCUACAUGAACAUACUUUACUUGUGUUGGUAAUAGCAACUCAUAAAGAUAGAAGUGACUCUUU